GGCAGUUCGAUCUUCACAUGCCAGCCACCGAAAGCAGCUGUUCAACCUGCAUGCCCUGAGCAUUCUGCUGGCUGCAAAAGCCAAUGGCGGCUGCCAUGUACCAUGUCUGAUGGAGGUCUUCAAAGCCUAGGAACUUUGUUCCCCUAGUCUCAAGCCACGAGACCUGAUGGGACAGGAGGGCGACCCGAAGGACAUGCUCAAGCAUUUUGUGGACUUGGGAUGGCAUCAUAAUGCACUCCGAGUAUCUGCUUCGGCCGCUGCCCAGCGCGCCAUCGUGUGGUUCGAACACAAGCUUCGGCUGAUCCAACGUCGCAUGUCGCUCACCGGCACGCCCAUGAGUAACAACCACGAAGCUCUGUACCAAGUUUUCGAGUGGUUCGUCCCAGGAUCCCUACCAGAUCCGGAUACAAUGCGGCAGCGGUUCCCUUUCCAAGACGGCUCGAGCCCGACAGCACCCCGGCAUAAGGAGAGAGCCAACGGCAACCAAGAGACACUCCCCACCAUACUGACGUCAACGAUGGUAUCGUCGAGUCUGGGACGCAAGUUCGCUCCAGUCCAAUUCACGGACAACCAGCUGCUCGGCGUAAGAGAAACAACCCGAGACGAAGACCAUCGAGCAGUGCGAGUGCAUUGUCAUAACAAACUGGAACUUUGUGUUGCUAUCAGAAGUGGACUGGAAACAGCUAGAAAGGUUCUAGAUGAGCAUGACUCGCCACUCAUUGCCGAAGAGCUUGGGGAACAUAAUGACGCGGUCACCAAACUUGUCAAUGAAGAAAACCUCUUGUGUCGAGAAUUGCCACGUUUGGUGACGAUGACCCUGGCAGCCGCGCACCAACUACUUUCCGAGGCAUAUGGCUCGGCGCUCGCGACCCUCCUCAAACAGAUGAUACCUGCAGGACGACCCGAGCCUUUUGAGAAGUCAGGCGCCAAAUAUCUCCAGUGAUUACGGAACGGCUCUUUUGUCAACAUGUGCCCACAACAUCAACCACAAUGCAUAUCGACUUUUCUCGUGGUGCGGUGAACGAUGUGACAAAUUCUUUACUUGUCCCAAGUUCGUCAAUCCGACUUUG